AUGGCACCACCUCUACAAUGGACCAAUGGUCCCUUGGUCAAAACUACAGAGCUCACUAACGCCUCACAGGCACGCAGCCAUACCAUCAAACGAUUCGAAGACCCCAACGAUCAAGAUUGCCAUGGCUGGAGCUGUUACACCAGCGCCGAACAGGCAGGCAUUAUAUUCAUGUCCAUCAUUGUCCCGAUUGUUCUAUUUAUGGUCUUUUGGUAUGCUGUGAUGAGGCCAAUCCUGGACAACAUGUCUAUUUCGGACUACGACGACCUGGAGCCGCAGCAGCCACCUCCACCAACACAGCCAGUGCAGCCGCCUCCGCCAGAGAUCCAACCGCAGGCCCCUAUCCAAGAGCAACAGCCAAAGGAAGCUCCCGCUCCUCCCCCAGAGCAGCCAGCUCAGCCACCGCCUCCGCCGCCGGCGCCGGGGCCAUCGUCACCGCCGCAGAAGGAACAGAGUCCUGUCCAAUCUCCCUUGAAGCUUCCGCCGAUCACGGCAGUAGAGAAUACCUCGUCUCCUGGCCAAGCUACCCAGUCCCCAACUGUUGUAUUGAAUUUCAAUGGUCCUCAGAUAGGUAGUCCAUUCCUCGCUUGUGCGGUUUCUCCAGAGGCUCCGGCAAAGGCACAGCCCCAACCAAAGCCGGCAAAUCAGCCAAUUCAGAAGCACGCUGAGCAACAGGAACCACAACUAGCACAACAAGAAGAAGUGCCGGUGGUAGGAAAUCCAGCUGGCGUGAAUACCGGGGAGCCGAGUGGCCAGAAGUUUGAGCAACAGCAUGUUCACCAGCCUCCGUCUCCACAGGCACCGCAAGGCGGCUCACAGAUUCCUUUUGCACCGAACCAGUCGUUUCCUCCUGGCCAGCCGUUUCCGCCCGGGGUUCCGUGUCAGCAGCAGUCACAGCCAGUCUACUUUACGGCAUCACAGUUCAUGCCCAUCCUCCCUCCUCCGCCUCCACCGCUUCACGGGCAAGCGCCACCCGCCGUCUUCACUGGCGGAACUCCAAUAUUCCCAGGCCCUCCUGGUCUGUACCCGUCAAACCAUAUUCCACAGAUGACAAGCUAUGGCCCGCCGGCAGCCCCUCCUGGCUUUCAAGUGCCGCCUCACCAAAUGGCCACCCGGGCCUUUCGUGGCCAACCCGAUUCACCGACCACACUCAAUACGAGCUGUAGCACCGGGCAGCAGUCGAUGUUGUCCCGCGCACACCGACACCCGCCGCCGGGACGUGCGCGUACGAUAUCUGAUCCCUUGUCAGAUCGGGUCUUGUCCGAUAGCCUUCUAAAAGCUUCCUCUCUGUCUGAGAUAACUUUGCCGUCGGAGACUUCUGUGGGACGUGGCAAUGGCCACAAGAAAAGCAAAAGGCGAGGAUAUAGGAGGGACGGUCGCAGGCCAGCAGCUAAGCCGAGCAAAACUGAGACACAAGUCCGGCGUGAUACUUUGCGGCUGCCGAAGGACACUUACCAGCGCCGCCCGGAUGGCAGGUACAGACGUGAUGUCAAAGACAUCACCGUGAGGAGAACGCGGAGGAGAAGAAACGGAGAGGACAUUCCCCGAAUGGAAAAUAUCCUCGCCAUAAGUACCGUCCCAACGGACGGCACGGGAAUUGCCCCAGAACUGAGGCAAUCCGGUAAGGAUGAUAAGCCGUGA